AUGAGUAUGAGCGACCUCUGCGGUGAUUCCUAUUGGUCGAAAACAUCAUUUCCACCAGGAAGGAUGAAAAUGAUGCGGGGUGGGUACUCGGCUGUGGGAAGCCAGAAGAUGAGUAUGAGCGACGUCUACGGUGAUUCCUGUUGGCCGAAAGCAUCAUUUCCCAAUAAAUGGAUGAAAAUGAUAUGGAGUAGGUACUCGGCUAUGGGGAGAGGGGUCUUGAGUACGCAUUUUCCGGCUCCCCAUAGUCGAAUACCUACUCCAUAUCAGUUUCAUCCAUUCAUGCUGAAACGAUAUUUUCGACCAAUAGGAAUUACCGGAGAGGUGGUUCAUACUUAUGUUCUGGCCCCCGAUAGUCGAGUACCUACUCCAUAUCAUUUUCAACCAUUCAUGUGGAAAUGA